UUAUGCAAUUUUUCAGUCUGAAACUUUCUCCAUCCAUUGUCCACGUUGUGUUAUGUUCUGCUUGCAGACAUACAUGUACAUGACAUAGCGAGUGUUCCAGUGUUCCCUUUGCUGGUGGUACGGUGGAGUUGUGGAGAAACAUUCCAACAUUUCUGUAUCGUUUGAUGAAUGUUAUGGCCUCUUCACUAACGGGUAAAGUCUGCCUGGUGACUGGUGCCAGUCGAGGGAUUGGACGAGGCAUUGCACUGCAACUUGGCGAGGCAGGGGCAACUGUUUAUAUCACAGGUCGAACUCUAAAACCAAAGUCAGAUGAUACUUCAGAGAAGCAGCGUUCCCUGCUGAACACUGCUGAAGAGAUCGAAGCACGUGGAGGUAAAUGCACCCCAGUGCAGUGUGAUCACUCAGAUGAUGAACAGGUCCAGGAACUGUUUGAUCGCAUCAAUAAAGAGCAAAAUGGACGCUUGGAUCUCCUUGUCAACAAUGCAUAUGCAGGAGUCAAAGAUAUAAUGGACAAUAUGGGAAAGCCAUUUUGGGAGACGCCGUCAUCUGUGUGGGAUUCUGUUAACAAUGUUGGAUUGAGGGGUCAUUACAUUGCAACUUGGCACGCUGCCAAGAUGAUGGCACCAGUAAAACAGGGGCUAAUUGUCAACAUUUCAUCUGCUGGGGGCAUCGGUUACUUAUUCAAUGUCGCUUAUGGAGUUGGAAAAGCAGGGUGUGACCGGAUGGCCGCAGACUGUGCCAUAGAGCUGAGAAAGCACAACGUUGCCUGCAUCUCACUGUGGCCAGGCGCUGUCAAGACAGAAAUGUUCCAAGAAUUCUCGGCUUCAGAUAAAUUCAAAAGCAUGGCAACGGGCCUACAAGUAGCGUUUGAGAACGGGGAGUCCGUGGAAUAUGCUGGCAAGGCCAUUGUUCAUCUUUUACAAGAUAAGAACAUCAUGAAGAAGUCUGGGCGGGUCCUCUUGACUGCCGAGCUUGCUGGGGAGUACGGGUUCCAGGACAUUGAUGGGACUUCACCGGUCAAUUUCAGGCAGAUUAAGUCCCUUUUCGUGGUGACUGGCCAUCCCUGGCUAGCUGCCAUCACGCCGUCAUUCGUCAAGUUGCCUUACUGGUUGUGGACGGCUUCAAGUAGCAAGUUUUAGAAGUCACACAGCGUUGCACUCUAGUUUCUAGUAAUGGAUCACAUAUCAUAUCACAAGUCCGUCACACAUUAGUCAUAAUUGUCAACCAGUCCCAAGCCAAUUCAAAAACUUUUAAAUGAAUUGUGAUGAUGGCAUUGCUUAAAGUUCAUGCCUUGUUACGUUUGACUUGACUUGUGAAUUGACUUGUGAUUUUAACUUGUGAUCAAAUCAUAGCUACCUUGACGACAACACUGAAGUCAAAAGGUUUAGAAUUUUGUGUGCAAAAUUCCCUUUGAACCUCCCUUUGCCAAGGGCAAUGAUCCACCGCAUUGUAGUUUUUUUAAUAAUAAUUUAUAUAUUGUUUUAGCAAAUUAUUUCUUUCCCUGUGUUGUCAUUGAAAUGCUUCUGUGAUAAGGGAAAUUAUUACAUACAGUACGACUGUUCAUUGUUAUUUUUAAUAUCCAUUCGAAAUUGAUAGUUUUUAAAUCACAGUGUGCCUGAUUUAACCAUUAAGUGUGUGAAUGGACAGUAUUCUUAUCUAACUUUUUGAUAAUUCAACUUUUUCCUCAAAUAAUCCAAACGUCCCAAAUUUGUAUUUUAAUGUUUAAAUUGAGACCAAUUUUCCCACCGACAUUAUUGAAAUUAAUCUGAGGUAAUGCAACCAUCAGGCAGCUUAAAUCAAGUAUGUAAAGCUAAAAAAAAUUACCAAAAAAUAACUUUCUGCAAUUUGUUUCAUCUGCAAAUCUGCAAUUUGUUUCAGCAAAUAUUAUAUGUCGUUGAUGAUAUUACCUAUGGAAAAACGAACUGAUUGUUGUCCUUAUAUUGUAAUUCGAAUGUCUUUCUUUUUCUUUUUUUUUCGUUUUUAAUGUGAUUUUAAUUCCAUUGAUGAUGUUGUCUGAAUAUACAAUGCUGAUUUUCAGUUGUAAAUCUGAUAUUUAUAUUGGAUGUUUUAUUUAUUUCAAUAAAUCAUUAGAGAAUCCUCCAAAAGAAAA